GAGGCAAGGAAGCUAAUAUGACUAGCAGACACAGAGAAGGAUAUUAAUGUGUAAUUUGAACAAAAUAAACUUCGUAAAUGUAAUAGUUUUUGUCAUGCCAGAGAUAAAACUUUCUCACGGCGUUUGGAGCUAACAUCUGGAUAUUUAAAAAUCAACUGACAGCAGUAGUGAUGGAGUUGUCUCAGAGGGACAGGCUGUCUGUGCUGGUGGAGGAGCUGACCACAUCUGGACAGCCUCAGCUGAACCAGGACAACAUGAAGGAGAUCAAGAAGAUCUGCAAAGCGUCUAAUGACUGCAUCGACCACGUUUAUCACUCCAUGAUGUCUCAGCUCAGCCAAGAACACGCUGAGGUCAGACUGUCCGCCUUUCAGAUCGCCAGCCAGCUUUUCUCCAGAUCGCACCACUUCAGGACGCUGCUGGUCGAUAACUUCCAGGAGUUCUUGGAAUUGACCGUAGAGACGGACUUGGAACAGCCCCUCCCCCCUCCGAAAGAAGUUGCCAGGAAGCUAAGGGCACUGGCUAUCCAAACCGUCCAAUCCUGGCAGGCCUCUUAUGGGACGGCAUACAAGAAGUUAGCUCUUGGCUACCACUUCCUGAAGCAGGUCAAGAAGGUGGACUUUCAGGACGCUGAGGCUCGGACUGUAGCAGAGAGGAGGCGGGAGGAGGAGAGACAGAGAAAAAUGGCGAGGAUCUACAAGGAGAGGGUGGAGGCGGCAUCCAAAGACAUGGAGGAGUCGCAGCAGGAAAUCGAGGCGACAUUGACCGAGAUGGAGUCAUGCAUGAGGCUCCUUUUACCCGAGUUUGAACUCGCAGGCAUUCAGGGAGCCAGUAGCCCCCAAAACUCCCGACCAGCCAAUGAGUGUGAGGAAGAGCCGUGCUGCAGCAAAGACCUGAAGGAUGACAGGAGAGACGGAGCGAUGAAAGUGAUGGAGGAAAAAGAUGAAGAAGGUACGCUCAAGAAGGGAGAGGAAGAAAAGAAGAAGGAUGGGAAAGAGCAGGAUGAGAAGGAGACAGAGGAGGAGAGUAGUGAAGAAGAAGAAGAAGAAGAAGAGGAGGAUGAAGAUGAACAGGAAUCUCUUGAUGAAGACAGUUUUAUCCGUAACUCUGGUCUCAUCUCUCACUCGUACAGUCUGGACCUGAACCUCAGCACUGGUCUUCAUUUAAAGGAGACAGAAGAUAAUGAGGCAGUGGUUUCCACGGUGAUAGACCUCCAUAAACUGAUCAAAACCAAACACCUUCCAGCUGUGCAGGGCUGGGUCCAGGUGUUCACCAAAGCGGGCGCUGAACAGCAGAUGUUGAGGAGAGCUCUGGAUCUGAAGAGUUCAUUAGAAGCGUCUCUGCAGAAACACAAAGAGCUUCACAUCGAUUAUAAAACCAGAGUCCGCAAAGUGAUAAAGGCGUCUGCAGACGGAGAGGAGGACGAGGACGAUGAUGAUGAUGAUUUCGAUGAGGUUCCAGAGAAAGAAGGAUACGAGCCGCACAUUCCUGAGCAUCUCCGAGCCGAAUACGGUUUGGAUCCUUCUCCUUCCACUUCCACAGCAGCCUUCACUAAGAAACCCCCACCUAAACGACCUGCCCCCCCACCAACUCCUCUGCCCUCCUCCUCCAGGCGACUAAAGCGUCUCACAGAGGAGGAGCAGGAUCCGACAUGUGCAGCCGCCACACUGCGCCACCUCAGACAGAACCUCCCCCCUCCACCUGCAGAACCCAGCAGCUCCUCUGUCUCCAGUCCAUCCCAAUCCGGUUCAGGCCAGAAGGCUGUGGAUGCUCCUGUGGUUCCCUUCGGUUUGGACCUGUAUUACUGGGGCGAGGAGCAGCCGAACGCCGGCAAGAUCAUCAAGUCGACCUCUCAGCAUCAAUUCUGGGUUCACGCCGAGGUGAACGAGGAGGUGCAGAACGAGGAGCUGUUGGCAGAGAGCAAGAGCAGGUACAUCUCCUUCCCUGGGAGCUUCACUCCCGUCAGCCAUCACUGCAGAGCUCCACUGGGCGAGGGGAGGCUGUGUCAGCGACAGGACCGCCGGAAGUGUCCUUUCCAUGGCCCCAUCGUUCCUCGAGACCAGGACGGGAGACCCUGCAGGAAGGAGGACCGGCUGAGGGAAGAGAAGGAGGAGAGGAAGAAGAGGGAGGAGCAGCCAGACUGGCGUGAUGCGGAGCUUAUGAGAGACAUCGAGGCAGCGACAGGAGAAAACCUGGGCUCUGACCGAGUCGGUAAAAAAGGAAAAGGGAAGAAGAAGAAAUACCCGAACCUCAGUGAUCUGAAGCAGAACGCCAACACGGCUCGCUCCAGGCUGGAGAGGAAAGUCUUCAACAAGAGCAGCAUGCGCAGAGUGGCUCAGGUGAUGAGUAAAGCUGACGGAAGAAAACACGACAAGUUCUCCAACCAGUUCAACUACGCCUUAAACUGACCUCCGACCUCCGAGCAGCCACAUCUGCCUUCAAAUGAACCGAGACAGACUUGAAUCACACUGACAGAAGCAGAGAUUUUAAUUUAUUGAUGUGCCCGUACGGACUGAUGAAGAGACAGAAAUGAUGGGAGAGACAUAUUUGAAACAUUGUUUGAACACUCUGCGGCAGCUCAGGUGUUAUAAUGUGAUCAUUUAGGAGGGUAUGAACAUGCACUGUUUAGUUGCAAUAAUAUCGACUUUGUACCAGCCAAAUUCAUUUUGACUGGAUUUUUUUAUUCCCUUUUUCAGGUUUUUAUUCUAAUAGCCAAGUUAACUUUAACAUUUGUGUUUGUUUAUGUUUUGUAUGUUUUGUAAAUGAACAUCAUGCAUGUUAAAACUAUUUGUAUCAGAAUUAAACUAAGAGACUCUGCCUGCUC